GGUUGUCAUUUUAAGCUAACUCAGCGAGCUAUACACUGUUUAAACGCUGCCUCUCUAUACGUACUAACUGAACAAACGCCAGGAAAUUGAAAUCGGUUUCCACCAUUUGCGUACUUGGGAUCCAAGAUGGCGUCAAAUCGUGGGAUGUACUCGUGGAUGUUCUUAUUAUUGGGGAUAUCAAUGUUCCUGAUGGGAGUGGAAUCUCGUUCUACUGGUGCACCCCCGGAAAGUUGUAGCACUCUUACACCUCAGCACGGUUCGGCCGUAACACAGCCGUUAUCGACAUCACCGUACACGAUUACUGUUGCUUCAGGGAGUUACACACCAGGAGCAGCGGUAUCAGUAACGAUCCAAGGAACUAUGCCGCUUAAAGGAAUCAUACUCCAAGCUCGGCGGGCAGACGAUACCUCCUCUGUACCUAUAGGUAGCUGGGAACCGCAUACUGGUGGUCUGUUUAGGAAGACUGAUUGUAAUAAUCUCGACGAUACAGUCACACAUAUGUCGAGCGUUGAAAAAACAUUGCCACAAACGUUCCGCUGGUUGCCCCCUGCUAACUUGAAUAGGAAUAUCAAAUUUAUGGUGACUAUUGUACGGCAAUUUGAUAUAUUCUGGGUAAAACUACCGUCGUCUAUAUUGGUCCGAGCCGGUGGAAAUACAAAUCCUUGUUCAAGCAAUCCUUGCAACACUGGGACUUGUCAGGUAUCAGGCAACAUAUACACAUGUUCAUGUCCCAGUACACAUACUGGAAACAACUGCCAAACAUCAGUUGUUGUGAACCCUUGUUCAAGUAAUCCUUGCAACACUGGGACUUGUCAGGUAUCGGGAAAUGGAUACAUAUGUUUCUGUCCCAGUACACAUACUGGAAACAACUGCCAAACACAAGUUACUACACAUCCUUGUGAUGUGGCUUCAACCUGUAAUGGGGGAACAUGCUUUAGAUCAGGAUCCGGAACUGGCUACACUUGUGUAUCAUGUCCAAACGGCCAAUCAGGCACCAACUGUGAAAUUUCAACAAACCCUUGUUCGCCCAACCCGUGCAACACUGGAACAUGUCAACCACUGUCAAGCACCACAUAUCGAUGUUUCUGCCCGAGUACACAUAUUGGAAACAACUGCGAAACACAAGUCGUUGUGAACCCUUGUUCAAGUAAUCCAUGCAACACUGGGACUUGUCAGGUAUCAGGCAACAUAUACACAUGUUUCUGCCCCAGUACACAUACUGGAACCAACUGCCAACAACAAGUUGUUGUGAAUCCUUGUUCAAGCAAUCCUUGCAACACUGGGACUUGUCAGGUAUCAGGCAACAUAUACACAUGUUUCUGCCCCAGUACACAUACUGGAAACAACUGCCAAACAUCAGUUGUUGUGAACCCUUGUUCAAGUAAUCCUUGCAACACUGGGACUUGUCAGGUAUCGGGCAAUGGAUACAUAUGUUUCUGUCCCAGUACACAUACUGGAAACAACUGCCAACAAGUUACUACACAUCCUUGUGAUGUGGCUUCAACCUGUAAUGGGGGAACAUGCUUUAGAUCAGGAUCGGGAAAUGGCUACACUUGUGCAUCAUGUCCAAACGGCCAAUCAGGCACCAACUGUGAAAUUACUACACAUCCUUGUGAUGUGGCUUCAACCUGUAAUGGCGGAACAUGCUUUAGAUCAGGAUCGGGAAAUGGCUACACUUGUGCAUCAUGUCCAAACGGCCAAUCAGGCACCAACUGUGAAAUUACUACACAUCCUUGUGAUGUUGGCUCAACAACCUGUAAUGGGGGACAGUGCUUUAGAUCAGAGGGCACAGCAAAUGGAUACACUUGUGUAUGUCCGAGUGAUCGAAGAGGCACCAAUUGUGAACUUGUGAACCCUUGUUCAAGCAAUCCUUGCAACACUGGAGCAUGUCAGGUAUCAGGCAACACAUACACAUGUCUCUGUCCCAGUACACAUACUGGAACCAACUGCCAAACACAAGUUUCAACCAACCCUUGUUCGCCCAACCCGUGCAACACUGGAACAUGUCAACCACUGUCAAGCACCACAUACCGAUGUUUCUGCCCGAGUACACAUAUUGGAAACAACUGCGAAACACAAGUUGUUGUGAACCCUUGUUCAAGUAAUCCAUGCAACACUGGGACUUGUCAGGUAUCAGGAAACAUAUACACAUGUCUCUGCCCCAGUACACAUACUGGAACCAACUGCCAACAAGUUACUGCACAUCCUUGUGAUGUGGCUUCAACCUGUAAUGGGGGAACAUGCUUUAGAUCAGGAUCCGGAACUGGCUACACUUGUGUAUCAUGUCCAAAUGGCCAAUCAGGCACCAACUGUGAAAUGACCCCAUGCUCACCAGACCCCUGUAAUAAUCUGGGUAUGUGCGAGCCAACGUCAGGCUCUACAUACAGAUGCAAUUGUCCGUCCACACACACUGGAAACAACUGCGAAAUACCACUCACCGGUAACUCUUGUAGUACUCCAAAUAUCUGCAACGGUGGAACUUGCUUCACGGCUUCUGGUUCAGUAGCUGGAUUUAUCUGUCAAUGUCCACCGGGUCAAACAGGCAACCUUUGUGAAAUGUUCACUGUGCCCUGUAAUUCCUCUCCAUGCAUGAAUGGUGGACAGUGUGUAGUGCAAGGAGCAGGGUUCGUCUGUUCCUGUCCUUUUGGCUUCUCCGGAGUAACUUGUCAAAAUGCGCCAGAUGCCUGUUUCCAGAGCCCUUGUCUGAAUGGAGGACAGUGCGUCUUGACUGGAACUGGCAAUACCUUCAGAUGUAGCUGCCCAGGCAGUUACACUGGAACGACAUGUGAACUACUAGUUGAUGUGUGUGCUUCAUUUCCCUGUCUGAAUGGUGGAUUCUGUAAUGAUAUUGGGAAUGUAUAUAGCUGUGACUGUCCAAAUGGGUACUCCGGACACAACUGUCAAACAAGUAAUGAUUGCGCAUCUCUACCUUGCCAGAAUGGAGGGACAUGUUUUGCGUCUGGCUCAAUGGUCACCAAUGGUUUUGUCUGCCUUUGUACAACUCAAUAUGAAGGACCUGAUUGUCGCAUUUUGAAGGUGGAUCCAUGUAGUUCAUCACCAUGUUUGAAUAAUGGAAUAUGUACUGCUUCUGGCACACAAUACUUCUGUCAGUGUCCUACCACACAUACUGGGCCUAGAUGCCAGACAUUAGUCAUUGGCCCUGAUCCUUGUGCUAGUAGUCCGUGUUUGAAUUCUGGAAAUUGUGUGACCUCUGGAACGAGCUUCACAUGUGCCUGUGCAAUUGGGUAUUCAGGGCUUCGCUGUGAAACUGGGCAAUGCACUCCUGGCAUCUGUCAAAAUGGCGGUAAUUGCUUCACCCAGAAUGGUGGGAGCAACUUUUUCUGCCAAUGCCUGCAGGGAUAUUCAGGAUCUAACUGUCAAAUUGUUGACAACCCAUGUAAUUCUAAUCCUUGUCUCAACGGUGGUACUUGCUUCACUGGUGCCGAUAGUGAGGGCUAUUUCUGUUCGUGUACCUCUGGUUUCAAUGGUAACAAUUGUGAGACCUCAGCAGAUUCUUGUUUUUCCACUCCGUGCCAGAAUGGUGGCAUGUGCACUGACAAUCAAGGAAGUUACACUUGCACUUGUGGAACCGGUACGAGUGGAGUCAACUGUGAAAUCUUGGACCUGUGUGUAAACAAUCCAUGCCGGAACGGAGGGUUAUGCACAACCCCUCAGCAGGGAUCCUUCCUGUGUACAUGUCAGCUAUAUUACUCUGGUAUCUACUGUGAUAUCUACACCGCACCAGCUAUGCCAUGCAACCCCAACCCAUGUUUAUCUCAAGGAACCUGUACUGUCGUUAAUGGCAAUGAAGCACAAUGUGCAUGCCCACCGGACUACACCGGGUUCCGCUGUGAAAUCUACAUCAUUCCGGAUCCGUGCUCUUCCAAUCCUUGUGUGAAUGGCGUCUGCCGGAACGCAAUCACUAGCUUCAGUUGUAACUGUGUGAACGGCUUCUCUGGCCUCAUCUGUAAUAUACCCCCUGAUCCAUGCUUGAACGUACCUUGCCUCAAUGGUGGAGCAUGCAACAGCUUGGGCACCUCUUAUUUCUGUAACUGCAGCAACACCCUCUACACGGGACUCAACUGUGAAACCGCACCUAAUCCAUGUGAUUCGAACCCUUGCAUAAAUGAGGGUGUUUGCAUCAAUCGUAUCAUAACCUAUGAGUGUUCCUGUACAUCCAAUGGCUACUCCGGGAUAAACUGCCAAAUACCACCAAAUCCUUGUGCAAGCGUGAAUUGCCUGAAUAAUGGAGUGUGCGACUCUGGCCGGUGUAACUGCGAGAAUACUGGCUACUCUGGAUCGCGCUGUGAAAUCUUGUCGGAUGCUUGUUUCUCCAGCCCAUGUAUAAAUAAUGGCACGUGUAUAAACUUUGGUCAGUUUUUUCGCUGCAACUGUCAAGUGGAGAAUGAAGGGACCUACUGUGAAACUUAUAAGAACCGGUGCGAGGUCCCCCCAGCUCCUUGUCUGAACAAUGGAGAAUGUUUUGAUCUUGGUGGGUAUAAGUCGAGCUGUAACUGCCGCCAGGGCUUCGCUGGUGACAGCUGUGAAACAAGAGUAAAUCUGUGUGAUAGUAAUCCGUGUAAUGAGGGAUCAACAUGCCAUUCAGUUACUGAUGGAUAUACCUGUUUGUGUAGACCAGGCUAUGGAGGCAUUACAUGUCAUGAUGUCGUCAUGGCGUGCAUCUUCAACCCUUGCCUAAACUUUGGGACGUGCAUCAAUGGUCCAAAUGCAACAUAUACUUGCAGUUGCCAAAGCAUAUAUGAAGGAGAAAACUGUGAAAGUUUGAAGGACUAUUGCUUGGCUAAUGCACCUUGUCAGAACAACGCAACGUGCAGGAAUGUUUUCUCUGUCGGCGCGGGCUACGAGUGCCAGUGCAGGCCAGGCUACUUUGGACUUGAUUGUGAAAUUGACAUCAAUGAGUGUUUCAGCACACCAUGUCAAAAUGGCGGCACUUGUCAGGAUCUCGUGGAUGAGUUAAGGUGCAUUUGUGAACCUGGAUUUGAAGGCAUAUUUUGUGACAUAAACAUCAACGAAUGUCAGUCAAACCCGUGCCAGAAUUCCGGAACUUGUGUCGAUGAUAGAAACAUGUUUAUGUGCUUAUGCCCCGAUGGCUUUGAGGGCCCUGUCUGUGAAAAUGAUAUUGAUGAGUGUUUAAGUAAUCCGUGCCAGAAUGCUGGAACAUGUACGGAUAGAAUCAAUGGCUAUGUAUGUGAAUGUACACCGGGAUGGGAAGGCCUCAACUGCCAGCUUGGUGUGGGCUGCCGGUUAAGCUACAGACUGCAAGAAUGCAACUCUGUCUCCAUCAAAAGCCCCAACCACCCUCUCAACUACGACAACAACGAGGAUUGCGAGUGGAUACUAUUCUCUGAUGCCGGAAACACCAUCACAGUCACCCUGUUAGAGUUUGAGACGGAGCCCAUCUACGAUGUCCUACGCUUCGGUAACGGGAACGCCGUCAGUUCCCAGAGCGAGGUGCAGCAAUAUGAGGGGACUGUGGAUGUGUCGGGCGGUGUGACUGUGGUGUCGACGGACGCAGCGAUGUGGAUUACAUUCACCACGGAUGGAGAGAAGACUCGGAAAGGUUUCUCGCUAGAGGUGGAAGAUAACUGCGAACAAUUACCUCCACCAUGUGAUAGUAACCCAUGCAUGAAUGAAGGAGAUUGCACAAAUCUUGGAGAGAACAUUGCGUAUUCUUGCAGUUGCCCUGCUCAAUUCGAAGGAACAAACUGCGAAACAGAGAGGAAAACUACCUGUGACUCCAUGCCUUGUAUGAACGGUGGUUCGUGCUACUUCACCGAUUUAGCGGAUAACUACAUAUGCAUCUGUACACCAGAGUUCAUGGGGGCCAACUGUGAUGAAGAUGUGGUCCCAACACCAACGUGUGCAGAAGACUACUGUCUGAACAGUGGAGUUUGCGCUAUAGGAGUUGAUGGAAUUAAGAAUUGUACAUGCGAGGAAGGUUUCGACGGGGAACGCUGUGAGAGAGUUUCCUGUCCUACUAGUUAUUGCGUGGCGGGUAACACCAGAGAAUGUUUUGUCACAUCCAACCAAGAUUUUCUUUGCUUCUGCUUUGACGGCUAUGAAGGGACGACAUGUGACCAAGGACCCUGUCCAACAGAUUAUUGCCAGAAUGAAGGGACCUGUUUCCUGCGUGAUGGAGAGUACACUUGCUCAUGUGUACUGCCCUACACUGGAGAUCAAUGCAUGACAAAGCUGAGUAGCUGCACCCAGAAUCCAUGUAUUAACGGUGGAACCUGCACAGACGACGCCAUAUCUGGCUUUGAAUGUACCUGCCUGGAAGGAUAUACUGGAACGGUUUGCCAAGAGGAUCCUUGCUCCAAGUUGGGCUGUACUGAGAACCAAGCUACAUGCGACAAUCAGGCUACUACUGUUGAGUGUACAUGCAAUCUUGGCUACACAGGCAGCACAUGUCAAAUGAAUAUCGAUGAUUGUGCGAGUAACCCGUGUCUGAACGGAGGUACAUGUAACGACGGUGUGAAUGAAUACACAUGUUCAUGUACCACUGGGUACGUCGGAAACAACUGCGAAGUUGGUUUAGAUCCUUGUGUUGGUAAUAUGCCUUGCUUGAAUGGAGGCUCUUGCGUAAUGAUAGAGGGCAGUACAACUAACGCUACUCAAUGCAUGUGUGUACCUGGCUUCAGUGGUGAUCGCUGCACAGUGGACAUUGAUGAAUGUGAAUCGACUCCAUGUAAGAACGGCGGUAUAUGCCUGAACCGUGUCAAUCAGUUCAGUUGCUCCUGUUUGAACGGCUUUGACGGCAACACUUGUGAAGUGAUUUCAGCCACCAAGCCACCAAACGCUGCGCAGACAUUGGCUCUUGAGCCGUGGUGGAUAGCCUUAAUCUGCCUCAUCGGAGUCCUAUUCGUCAUCUUCAUCAUUGUGGUCCUUUGCACCAUGAACCGAAACAAUUCAGAGAAUGAAAAAUCGCAUCUUGUCAAUCCUUAAACUAUAAAUACGUUACCGGAAAGCUCCACUAAAGAAGUUUGGCCACAGUGAGCGAGUGUGUUAAGACUGAAUAAAUGGUUUGCAAUACGUGACAUCGUCUGCCAUCUUUGAUGAAAACAAUGACAAACUGCACUCAUGUAUGCGCUGCGCGUGACUCUCAGCCAAUGGUACAUGUAGCUCUAGUGUGGCGGCCGAUGACGCCUAAAGCAAUCCAUCUUUACUUGGGACAUUAAACUUAAUGGAUGACCAAUUACUUUGCCUGGGGCAUUCAGCAGCACCACUGGUUUAUGCAUGAUCCAGUUUUUAGUCCACUGUUUUGAAAAGCAAUUACGUAGAGAUAACAGGUGUAGGUUGUCAGAAAAAAAGGAUGUGUUAUUUUAACGUCUUUCUUUAAUGGAGCAUUCCCGUAAUGUAAACAGGUUUAACAAAAACUUAUAAUAGUAUAAUAGAGCCUUUGCAGAUGCUGUGGUGACAUGCAAGCUAUAAGUUUCCUGAGAUUUUUUCUCUCUCGUUUCACCGAAAAAUAAACUAGUAUCAUUGAUGUAGUUGGCAGUUCCCAUGAUGGUUUCGGGGCUCGAAUUUUGCACUGCAAGUCAGGCUCGAGGUUGAGUUUUAGUGUCGGCCCUGCAAAGCCAUGACUGGAAAAGUCAAGCAGUCUUGUUUUUCAAUCUAAUAAUAGAAACUCACUGUGUAAUAUCGUAGACAAAAACAAGCUUCUUUCAAAUGCUGAUUUUUAGUCUGAUUAACACCUUUUUAUUGUAUUGAGUAAUGAAGUCUGUAUCCCCAUAAAGACAAAUGAGAUCAAUUUUCUCUUAUUGACCCCUUGCACGCACGUCACACGUGGUGACUGUGCCAUGCUCAC